AUGGCUGGCCCAGGAAUCUUCAGCUUCUUGGAUCUGCCCCCGCCGGAGGAGGAGCCAGCCCCGCAGAACGAGUCUCGAGAUUCCUCGGAUGAUAGUCCGGCGAUCAGGGAUGCACCCGCAGAAAAGGCCGCAAACAGCUUCUUUCCGACAAUAAGCACUGCUGGACUGCUCCACGACUCUGACUCAGACGGUGAUGGUCUGUAUCUUCAGCAUCCCGGACAAGUGCCGCAAGAUGUACUGGCGGUGGCAUGUGAGCCUCCACCGGAGUCGUUUCCAGGGCUGCCCACACAUGUGGUCCUCAAAGUUCUCUCCAUCGAGGGCCUUCCACUGCGCAAGGAAGAGCGCAAUGUUCCUGGCAGCAAAGGGCUGGGCUACUUCAUGGAGGGCAAAGACAUGAUCGACCGCAGUGGAGCCUCUGCGGCUAUCCUUCCAGAACCACAAAGCCGGCCUCCUGGCAGGCAUCGCUGUGCCGAGCCCCGCAUCUUUGCGGAGCUUUCGGGCGACCAUUGGGAGGCAGUCUGGGACCACCCUGGUGAGGUGAGGGUAAAGCUCAAGGACGGCCAGGAUUCUGUGGUGGUCGGCAUCCUGCUGGGUCAGGAGGUCGUUGCGGUGACGGCAGAGUUGGACCUCACAGGAACCAUGCGACGGUUCUUCCAGCCGCAGCAACUCUACAGGCCGAAAUUCAGUGGUGUUGCUCUUGGUCUGAUAGAGGGUGCAAGUGCAAAGCUGGCACUGGAGCUCUACCCACCAGGGUCACAACUCCCUGGCCGGGCCGUGGCCGAGCCCGAAAGGCCAAGCGCGGUGAGGCUGCCCAAGGACGUUCCCAUCAGCGAUUGCCGGUUCUGUGACGGCUAUGGGCGCAGGAGCUGUGAUGGCUGCGGAGGGCAUGGCGUCCUUGUUUGCAGCACAUGCGAUGGCAUGCCGGCCUUGCCAUGUCCCGUGUGCCGUGGGCGUGGGACACUGCACGACAACUUGGAGGGCAUUGGCGGGCCAAGAAGCAGAAGAGCGCAGGACGGUGCCGUCUUGAUCACCGUGAAGGGGCGACGAUGCCAGAACUGCUGGGGUGCGCCCUUGACCUGCAAAGAAUGCUUUGGCGCAGCAGCCUUGCGUUGUAACGUCUGCAACGGUGCCGGCUGGUCGGAGUUCUCUGCAGCUGUACCGACCGAGCGAGGGUGCCCAAACUUGCCAUUUUGCAUCCGACAUGAGCUCGGAUCGGAUGAUUGGGAUGGAGGGAUCCCGGGAUGCAAGGCCGGCUCUGUGGAACUCAAGCCCAAGCAGAAGCAAGAGGAGGCUGUGGCCCUGCGGGAUGGCCAGAAUGCGGAGCUGGGGGAGGUGCUGGACCAGGAGUACUCAGCUGGGUUUUACACGAACAUCGAGUCCGAAUCUUUGCCUAAGGGUCUCAACGAGGAUAUCGUCCGAAAGAUCUGGGAAAUCAAAGAAGAGCCAGAGUGGAUGCUGGAAUUUCGUUUGAAUGCUUUCAGGAAAUGGAAGCAGAUGAAGAUGCCAGAGUGGGCACAGCUUCAGAUGGAAGAGAUCGAUUUUCAGGACAUAGUCUACUACUCCAGGCCCAAAACGAAGAAGAAGAAGCAGAGCCUCGAUGAGGUUGAUCCUGAGUUGCUUGACACCUUCGAGAAGCUCGGCAUCCCAUUAACUGAGCAGAAGCGCCUGACCAACGUCGCGGUGGAUGCUGUGUUCGACAGCGAGAGCAUCGGGACCACCUUCCAGAAAGAGCUUGCAGAGGCAGGUGUGAUCUUCUGCUCCAUCAACGAAGCCAUCAAGGAGCAUCCAGAACUUGUCAAGAAGUACCUGGGAUCCGUGGUCCCAGUGGCUGACAACUAUUUUGCUGCGCUCAACAGUGCCGUCUUCAGCGAUGGCUCCUUCUGCUACAUCCCGAAGGGCACCACAUGUCCCAUGGAGAUCUCAACAUACUUCCGCAUCAACAACCAGGAGUCUGGACAGUUUGAGCGCACCUUGCUCAUCGCAGACGAGAGCAGCUAUGUCUCGUACCUGGAGGGAUGCACCGCGAGUGUUGGAGAAAUCCUGGACAUGCCUUGGAGAGCAGAGCCAGUGGACAACCGUGGUGGCGAGUGA